AUGAGCGGCGAGAUCGAUGCCGUCUACAUAUAUGACGAGCAAAAUGCCCCUCUCGUUGAACAUGUAUAUCGAUCCCGCCCGCCUUCGGCCUCCGCCAUCCUGCCCCUCUACCUUGCUCAUGCUACCCCACGCCCUUCCCUGUUGUACAUUCCCAGUGCUUCGCCGCCGGUGACCGUCUUUUCAACGGUCGAGUCAAACUUGUUGUUUCUUGCGAUCAGCGAAGUCGACACAGAACCACUGCUUGCACUAGAGUUCCUGCAUCGCGUAGUCGACGCGCUAGAGGACUUUGUUGGAGCACCGCUACUCUCAACUAAGAUCCAAUCUAAUUAUGACGUUGUUGCGCAAUUGCUCAACGAGAUGUGUGAUGGGGGAACGGUAUGCAACACCGAACCCAAUGCCUUGCAAGAAGUUGUUGAAGUUCCCGGGUGGAUGGGAAAGCUGUUAGGUGGAAUUGGAGUCCCUGGCACAUCGACGCCAACCUUGGGUUCUAGCAAUCCGCUGAAACAAUCACUCGCCGCUGCCAGUGCAUCUCAAGGUCCCGCCAUUCCCUGGAGACGGCCUGGAGUACGACACACAUCCAAUGAGUUAUACGUUGACAUAAUUGAAUCUCUGAAUGUCACUAUCGCUCCAUCUGGGCGAUUACUUUCUGCGUUGGUCUCCGGAACCAUUGCAUUUACUGCCAAGAUAUCAGGAGUCCCAGACCUGUCAUUAUCAUUAUCAGCACCAGGUGGCCAGCAUGUCCUUGGCCGCAAGAUCGAACUCCCAGUUUUCCAUCCGUGCGUUCGAUUAGCUCGAUGGAAAGAACGGCCCGGAGAGCUAAGUUUCAUACCACCAGAUGGACGAUUCAUCUUGGCUGGUUACGAGGUGGACCUCCUUCCCAUAGACGCUGAUCUUGAUGAGGCACCAAGCCAUAUGGAGAAGGUUUUCUUGCCUGCGAUUGUAGACAUUCGCAAGUCAUUAGGGUCAUCUGGUUCAGAAUUCGAGGUCCGGUUGACCCUGAACACGAAUUUCCCUGGUCACAGCUCAUCCUCUCGGCCUGGAGUGGGACGAAACGGAUCAGGUACAUCAACACCAUCCUUCCUAGGCGGUGGAAGUGGUAACUCUGCUCCGGUACUUGAAGAAGUCGUUGUCAGUGUACCGAUAUCCAACUCCGUCCGACAUAUCACGGACAUGCAGGCCAGCCGUGGUGAUGCCCAAUUCUCCCACUCAAGCGGGCUUCUUGAGUGGCGGAUUCCCACUGGAAAGGAUGCUGGGUCUUUAUCGGGAACUGCGACGUUACGCUGCAGUGUCUCGGGCUAUCCCUCAGCCGACGAUGAUCUGGACAGUCUAGAGGACGCUGAUGAAGACGCCAACGCCAACCUUUUACAAGGCUACUACGAGGCUCCGACUUCAUACAAUGACGCAACUGCCAGUACAUCCAAGAAACCUCGAUCUUCCGACCCUUCCAAGCGCAAAAAGAAGAAGAAGAAGUCUACAAAGAAGUCUCGCUCUGGCCUAAACCCAGAGAACGUCGAAGAGGACGCAUUCCCAGCGACUGCCCCAGCGAAAUCCCCAUCUCCCAGCCACUCCAAACCCCAAACCCCCACUCCUCCACCCCAACCUCAAUCAUCAAACUCCCACCUUCCUGCAUUCUUCGCUCCAUCCACAUCCCGCCCCGCUCGCAGAACCAAGGCCCAGGUUAACGCAAGCCUAAUGCCAAACUCUGCAUCGGUCUCAUUUUCCGUGCGAGGCUGGCUACCUUCCGGUAUUAAAGUUGAUGGUCUCAACAUUGACCAGCGACGUAGUCGUGGUUUGGGCGAAGGUGUCAAGCCAUACAAGGGUGUCAAAUACCUUUGCGUCAGCAAUCGUGGCGUGGAAAGGCGUUGCUGA